UAAACGUCAACAGUGGAAAGGAACUGGCAGAAUCUUUAGAUCAAUGUCAUAUAGAAGACAAUCCAUAUUUCAACACUAUGUUAAGAAUAUUAGCAACUCGAUGCAUGAUGCAGGCUGUGUACUUCAUUAGUGGCAUGCAUCAACGAAGCGAAUAUUUCCAUUAUGGUUUAGCGUGUCCUAUUUAUACUCAUUUUACGUCGCCCAUUCGAAGAUAUGCAGACGUAAUGGUUCAUCGUUUACUGGCGGUUUGCAUAGGAGCUGACGCUACAUAUCCCGAAUUAUUAGACAAAAAGAAAAAUCAUGAGCUCUGUCAUAAUCUGAAUUAUCGAAAUCGAAUGGCUCAGUAUGCUGGUCGUGCAUCUGUUGCACUUAAUACUCACUUGUUCUUCCGAGAGAAAAUACAAGACGAGGAGGGAUAUAUACUUUUUGUACGAAAGAACGCGUUGCAAGUACUGAUUCCGAAAUACGGUUUAGAAGGAACAUUGUACUUAAAGGACAACAAAGAAGCAGGUGUGUCGUUUCAGUACGGUGCCGAGGAUCAUUCUCAAACUUGUGAAAAUAUUAUAUUCCGUACAUUCGAUCCUGUUAUAGUCCAAAUUUGUUUGGACAGAUCCAAUGUACAGCAUGAAAAAUUAAUAUUUAAACUAGUUCAUCCACAUAUCCCAGGAUUUAGCGUGUCUCCAGUGAGUGCACAGGUCUCUUGUACUGUGCAACAAAAUACGGUAGAAGUAGGUAAGCGAAAAAUGGACGAAAAUGUACAUAUGGAAGAUAAUACUGGGGCAGUUGGAAAUAAAAAGAAGAAAAAGAAGAAGAAGAAGCAGACUUAACAUCAUUUAGAAAUUUCAAUUUUCGAAGGAUUUAUUUUCGAGUGUAUGUUUUACAUUAAAUCUUUGAAAUAUAUAUGUAACGCGAAGAAUAAAUUAUUUUAUAACCUGUAAUCACUUUACAUUGUUGUACGACCGUAUGGUGACUAUGUUAGAUGGAAUAACCAAAAUAAAAUUAAAGAAACUGUAAAUAUU